CACACAUUUGAAAAGAAGUGUUCGUGAGAUAAGGAAACGGCGCACAAAACAAAUAAAACUAAAGUGAUAUACAAACUUGGCGAUUGAACGAAAUCGAAAUGUCGCUUGUACCGUACUGGCUACGACACUUGAGGAAUCUGGCGUACAGGGAUCCGAUUGCUAGAGCAUUUGAAGAUCCUUUCUCCGUCUUCUCCCGGGACCCUUUCUUCCGCGAUCCGAUCAAGUACAUCAGGCAAGCCACCUCACCAAUUGAAGACAGUCAUGGCAUCGAAGGAGUAUACUCAGAUUCAGAGAUCAAAGUUGACGGCAAGAAAGUUGAAGUUCACCUGGAUGUGCAGAAUUUCACCCCAGAGCAAAUUCAAGUGAAAACUGUUGGUAACGAAAUUAUGAUUGAGGGCAAGAAAGAGAUAAAGAGAGAAGACGGCUGGACGAGGAGUCACUUCGAGAGAAGGUUCCUUCUUCCUGAAGGUUUCCCGCCGGAACGAGUAGAGUGUCACCUGGAUAAAGGGAAGCUGAAGCUUAUCGCCUUUAGAGCUGAACCGCUGCAGGAGAGGGCGGUGCCAAUUCAGGAGAAAUCUGUAAACAGUGAGCAAACAAAGUGAAAGAUGAGUUUUAAAUUAUAAGCUUAUAAACGCAAUCUUAUUUUUUUGCUGUAUUUAGACUGAUUAGGUUAUAUUU